CAUACGACCCGGGUCACUCUCGGAGAUAACACACCGACAUAUAGGACUUCGAGACACGGUGAAAACAGCCGAUGGUCCCCGGAUUACUGCACAAAGGAAUAGUUUACCCCAAGCAUAAAUAAGCUCUCAAACAACAAGAAAACUUUGCCUAUUAUAUUGAGCACUGCAGGACACCAUGACGAGGUUUUGCAGGGAAACGACGAGUCAAUAGAAAGGGGUUAUUGCAGUUCUCAGUGGGGUUGGGAUGUUUGCACAGUGACCAGUCUCGUCGGACAAGACUCCAGCUCCGCAGUGAGAAAGAAAAGACAAGAGUGAUUGAGCACCAUGGAGGGCGGGAAUGAGGUAGAUCUGUCCAACAAUAACAUCACCCCGCUGUGGAAGCGUCACUCAGCCAACCACACUGGCCCCAGCAAGACAAAGGCCCGGCCCCUCAGCUACCAGAUAGACAGACUUCACAUGACAGACUUCCCCGUAGAGGACAACAAGUGCAGCUUUACACUGAGCCAGCCCGCAGAGAGACUGGUGGCUAUGCCGGGAGGAGGGAUGGUCAUUCUGAAGCACCUUCUCAACCAACCCGCCAGGAAAACACGGGUGGUCAGGAGUAUAAGCAUCGGACAUCUGCCCAAAGGACGUUUCUCUCUGUCUAAGUUCAAGUCGAAGGAUGAUAAGUCGCCGUCAUUGGACAAUAAGGCAUACCACGGUGGGAGUGUUGGUAAAAUCGGUAACGGGGAGAAGGUGUGGUCGGACCAGACCUCCCCUUCUUCCUACCACCCUUUAAAUCCUCGUCCUUCUCCCCCUAACCCCAGCCCCUCUCCCCCUAGUCUCCACACCCCUACCCCAUCUCACAGCUCCACCUCCAGUAUCUCCUCCCUCACCUCCACCUUCUCCCCUUCUGACCCCCCCACACCCCGCAGCCCCUCCCCUGCUGACAUGUCUGCCCCGUCUCCUUCUCCCACUCCCUCCCUCUCUCCUCCUCCCUCCAUUGUCCUCAGCACCCACAGUGCCGCUGCCCUGAAGACGGGCACCCAGCAGCUGAUACCCAAAGGCCUGGCGUCCCUGAGCAAGGUCUCUCCUGCUGGGGUACAGAGCCAGGCCCUGGGGGUUCUGCUGGGCCUGAAUCCUACCAAGCGGGCCCUGCGAGCCCUCAGCAUGGUGGAGACUGGAACCUUCUUCUCCACGGACGGAGGGUCCAGGGGAGGGGGAGAGGGGACAGACCAAGAUGAGAGCCCUGGGACUCUGAAGAGAGGGUUGAGAUCUACCUCGUACAGGAGAGCAGUGGUGAGUGGAGUGGAAAUGGAAGUACCGUCUGUAGACCCCAAGACCCAUCGCCUGUCUCAGCCUGUAGUCCCCAAGACCCAUCGUCUGUCUCAGCCUGUACUCAAAGGACUACAGGCGGUCAAGGAGAGCCCUACCAGCCCUGGGAAGAAGAACAAGCGUCCUGAUAAGAAGACAGGACUGAUCACACAGAGGACAUUUGACAGUGAAGAGGAGGAACUGUAUCAGAACUACCAGGAGAAAGCUCUUCACAAUGACUCUGAUGAGGACCAGUUCAAAGAGGCCAAACCUGCCGACCGCAUCGUGGUGCAGUACAGGCCCAUACGCACCUCCUGGAGCCAACUCAGUGUGGUAAAGAAAAGUGGAGUUUCUGAUAAGCUCAGCCAGGAGGAGCGGAAAAGACAAGAGGCCAUAUUUGAGUUGAUAUCGUCAGAGCACUCCUACCUCCACAGUCUGGAGAUUCUGAUCCGGAUGUUUAAGAACUCAGCGGAGCUCAGUGACACCAUGACCAAGACCGAGCACCACCACCUCUUCUCCAACAUCACAGACGUGUGUGAGGCCAGCAAGAAGUUCUUUAAAGAGUUAGAGGACAAGCACCAGCAGAACAUUGUUAUAGAUGACAUCAGUGACAUAGUGUUCAGACACGCCCAGUCCAACUUUGACCCCUACAUCACCUACUGCUCCAAUGAGGUUUACCAGCAGAGGACCCUACAGAGGCUAGUAAGUAGUAAAAAUCCAGUGUUUAAGGAGGUGUUGACUCGUAUUGAGGCCCACCCAGACUGCAGGAACCUCCCUAUGAUCUCCUUCCUAAUCCUGCCAAUGCAGAGAGUCACCCGCCUGCCUCUGCUGAUGGACGUCAUUUGUCAGAAGGCUUCUAAAGACUCAGCUCAGUAUGAGGCCUGUAAGAAAGCCCUCCAAUCAGUCAGCAAGGUGGUGCGUAAGUGUAACGAAGGGGCCCGUACCAUGGAGAGAACAGAGAUGAUGUACACCAUCAACUCCCAACUGGAGUUUAAGAUCAAGCCCUUCCCACUGGUGUCGUCCUCUAGGUGGAUGGUAAAGCGAGGGGAGCUCACAGCCUUCGUGGAGGAGAACGGUAUCUUCUCCAAGAGGACGUCACGACAGCAGGUCUACUUCUUCCUCUUCAAUGACGUCCUCAUCCUCACCAGGAAGAAGAGUGAGGACAGCUAUGCAGUGAUCGACUAUGCUCUGAGGGACCAUAUCUGGGUGGGACCCUGCCAGGCCGAGGAUAUCAACCUAUCACCCGUCAGAACCACCGCUGUAAUGCUGACGUCACGGCAGCCCGGGGCCAGCCACCUCUUCCGCCUGCGUUUCCGUAGCAACCACUCCGGAGACAAGGUGCCCAUGGUCCUGGGGGUGGAGCUAAUGAAUGAGCGCGCUCGCUGGAUCAGUGCUCUGGGCCAGAGCAGCAAUGACAAGAAGAACCAAGACCGAACCAAUGCCAUGCAGGUGGAGGUGACUAGGACGUACACAGCCAAGCAGCCUGAUGAGCUUUCACUGCAGGUGGCUGACGUGGUCCUGGUGUCACAGACUGUGGAGGAUGGCUGGUAUGAGGGCGAGCGACUCCGUGAUGGCGAGAGGGGUUGGUUCCUGUCAGAAUGUGCUGAACCAAUCACGUGCCAGGCCACUAUUGAGCGCAACAUGCAGCGGAUGGACCGCCUCCAGGGGCUGGAGACCAAUGUGUAAGCUGGAACUGCAGGCUCCACCCCCUAAAUACACAAGUGACCUGCCUUCAAUCAGACAGACCAAUGAGUGAGCUUUAUGCCAGCGACGGUCUUUGACUAACGUUGAGCGGGCCUCCACUGAAUACACCAAUUGAAAGGCUCUUUGGUCAACAGAGCAAUGUGUGAGCUCUUUCCACCAGCGACUGAAUACACCAAUGAGCUGCCUUCAAGCACUAUCAACCAAUGAGAGAAUAUCUCCGUGGUCAACAGACAAAUGUAUGUAUGAGCCUUGCCAGGUGACUGCAUCUAUUAGAAUGAGUUUUGAUUCUUACCCAUGCAGUCUAACCUUCUACCAGUCUAUAUGGUAAGGAAGUUUGACCCUAUGACCUGUCAACAACACUCCGACUCCUCCCACUGAUGGGAGACUGUCCAACCACUUCCCGUGUGACUGCUUUUUGGCCCCUGAAGGACAUUCCCCUUGGACACACACACAGGACGUGCUGGGGUCAAAGUUUAAAACUGCCAAAGUGGACAGGUCACCUAUAAUAGUUUGCAUUAAAACUAAUAGGGCAUGUAUUCAUUUUGAUGAACUAUUUCCUUCUGAAAGACUCCCCAGGAAUUUCCAUGAAUGAAGCUCACCCUCUCUAUUACAUAGCAACUAACAAUUUAUAUGAGCCAAAACAACUACGGUGAUGAUCUGUAUAUUUGUUAUGGUCAUCCUUUUUAAAUGUGCCAGACGGUCCUGAUGAUGAAUUGGCUGAAUGUAUGGAGCCAACAUGGCUCCGUGGACAGUUCAGUUUCACCUCUGCUCUGUGGUUAGACUAUAGUGUGUGAUGAGACUGAUGGGGAAGAGGCUCAUUGUAAAGAUACACAAAUGGCACUGUACUUCAGACUUAUCUGUGUGUGUAGCUAGGAGGCCUUUUGUAAUGUAACUGAAUGUCACGAUGGUCCAAAAUGGCCAAAUAAACGGACAGUUUCUAGACUGCCCUGUGUGGCUAGUAGGAGGCUGUGUGACUGCUGAAGAGGCUGAAUGUAAAGAGCCAAAAUGGUGGAAUGAAUGGUCCCGUUCCCAAACCCUAAUCCCGAUUUCCGACUUCUAGCAAUUUUAGAUACCUAAAACUAUUAGACAGGUAUUAGCUUCACCUUACUCUCUGGUAAAGCUUUGUUAAACUGAACCAUGUAGACCUAUCCAGUCCUUUCAGAGGUACACAAUGCAUAGGGGCUGGAAGUUGAUCUGUAAUUGGGCACUUUGUCUCUAGCUUAAUGUCACCUUAAUAAA